AUGCUCACAAAGAAAUCAAAGAUGACUUAAACUUAAAAACUUCUUAUGAUGAUAUUGACUAUGACUUAAAGAUAGUUUGGUCAAAAUCAAUAGAUUAAAAUGACAUUGAAAGUAUGGCCUGGGUUUUACUCAGCAAUGCAAAAAUUGGAAAGUGGUCCUCUGCUACUGCUUGAUUUAACAAAUAAAGUUGUAAGAAAGGACAAAGUAUUAACUACCAUUUAAGACAUGGAAUCAAGGAACUGCUCUCAUGAUUAAAUUCAAGAUGUCAUAAAGAACUCCAUAGUUGUGACUAGCUAUGGCUAGGCAAAGAAAACCUAUAGAAUAGAUAGAGUGGACUUUGAAAAAACUCCUUAAAGCACAUUUCUGAUGGGGAAAGAAGAGAAGGAAAUUACAUUUGGGGAAUAUUACUAACAAAGAUAUUAAGUUAGGAUACAUGAACCAAAUUAGCCAUUAUUAAUAAGUAUAAGUGAAAGAACUGGUAUUGAGCUCGCUUUGAUACCUGAACUUUGUGAAAUGACAGGAUUAACUGACUCUCAGAGGUCAAACUUUCCUUUAAUGAAAGAUUUAAAUCAAAUUUUGCAUAAAGAUGCCAGAACAAGGAUUAAUGAGGCUACUGAGCUGAUCAAUUAGUUUUAGAAUCAAACCAAAGUAAAAAAAGUCAUUGAUCAAUGGAAUAUCAAUUUUGAGCCUUAACCGUACUAAGUAGAAGGAUAAAGGAUAAUAGGAGGAGAAAUCCUGAUGGGUAAGUCUCAAGGAGGCAACAGAAAGGCUUUCUCAGUAGAUUGCAAACCUUAGGAUUUUGAUAGAAACAUCUAAUAGGAAAUGUAUUCAUAGAUUUAAAUCAAAAAUUGGGGAAUUUUUUUCUAAAAAUAUCAUUAGAAAGAAGCAGAUAUCUUUGUUAGAGAGUUAUUGGCAUGUGUCUAAACUUUCAACUAUAAUGCCUCCAAGCCAGCACUAAUCCAGAUACAAGGCUAAGGUUAUUAGGCUUGGGAAAGUAUGUUGAGAUAAAAACUCAAUCCAGAGGUCUAAUUUGCAGUUAUAAUUGCACCUGGUAACAAAGGUAAAAGUGAGGUAUAUGAUUAAAUCAAGAAGAUUUUGACUUAAACACUACCUGUUCCAUCUUAAGUUGUGUUAGCCUCGACUUUAAGUAAAGGGAGAAAUAUAAGAUCAAUUGUUAAUAAAAUCUUAAUUUAAAUUAAUGCUAAACUUGGAGGAGAGCCAUGGGCAUUAAGUGAUAUGCCAUUUUUGCGCAAGCCAACAAUGAUCGUUGGCUAUGAUAUUCAUCAUAAAAAGAGAUAAAAAUCUUUGCUAGCUAUAUGUGUUACUAUUAAUCAGCAAGCCAAUAGAUAUUGGUCUAAAGUUUAUGAAUAGAGUGGGGAGAUGGAUGAAAUUGUAAAAGGUCUUGACAAGGUAUUCAUUGAAGCAAUGGAGGCUUUUAAAUUACAUAAUAAGGUAUAUCCCCAGCAGAUCAUUAUCUAUAGAGAUGGAGUUGGAGAGUCACAAAAAAAAGUUGUUAUUUCUUAAGAAAUAGAUCAGAUUCAAAAAGCUUUAUUGGAAUUGAAGCAGAAUGAUUCUUCUAAGUUCAUAUUUGUAAUGGUAAAUAAAAGAGUUAAAGCAAGAUUUAUGCUCGAUAACGGAGGAGGUAGAUUAGAUAACGCGCAGCCAGGGACAGUAAUUGAUCACUCAGUCACUCCAAAUAAUACCUAUGAUUUCUUUCUGAUAAGCUAAGCCUGCAAAUAAGGAGUAGCAUCUCCGAGUCAUUAUACGAUUUUAUUUGACAAUAUCAAUUCUAACGCUGAGGACAUAAUAAAGUUAACGUAUAGGUUGUGCUAUUUGUAUUUUAAUUUUAGCGGCCCAGUAAAAAUUCCAGCACCAGUAAAAUACGCUGAUAAACUUGCAAAAAUGAUGGGAGAAAGAGGAAAUUUGAAGCCUCAUAAACAUUAUGAAGAAAUCAAGGGUUUGUAUUACAUCUGA